AUGUACAGAAAAAGAAGACCUCAUCAAUCAAAUGUCAUUCCCCUCUGUGCCCCGCCAAGCCUGCCAGAACACGGAGAGCUGCCCAGGCUCACUCCGCACUACGUCUACCCGCAAGCCAUCGUGCAGCCCAGCGUGGUGAUCCCUGCAGCCCCAGUGCCCUCACUGUCCUCGCCCUACCUGGAGUACACCCCAGCCAGCCCAGCCUACGCUCAGUACCCACCAGCCACCUAUGACCAGUACCCGUACGCCGCCUCUCCUGCCACAGCCACCAGUUUCGUGAGCUAUGGCUACCCGGCCGCCGCCAUGCCCCAGGCCCUCUCCGCUGCGGCCCCUGCAGGUACCACCUUCGUGCAGUACCAGGCCCCGCAGCUGCAGCCUGACCGCAUGCAGUGAGGGCCGUCCCCCACCAGGUACUGUGGUGGCCUGGCCCCGGAUGCCAAGAGACUGUCUCCAUUCUAAUUUGGCUCGGGGCGACUCGGGCGAGGACCCAGGCAGAAAGGGGGUCCAAGGAGCUGCCUGAAAGCACGAGCCCAGGUCCACUGCUGCAGCGG